UAAUGUAGGCUAGCUUAUGUUUCCCGGUUAUUUACAGACCACCGUGAUGUUUUUGACGAUACGGGACGGUUGGUGGUGUGAAAUCCAAUGACACAUUACACUGGUGGUUUCAACUCGCUCAACAGGUUAUUGAUUUCCAGUUGCUGUUUAUCGAGAUAUGGCGAUCAAUUGGCAAACUGAAGGACAAGUGUAGACUAUAGCUUAAUAAUUACGUGUAAACUCGUCUAUUUUUUUAUGUUGUCAUUCACAUUUUGGUUGUGUACAUUCUCGAAGUAGAAAUGCAUACGAUAAUUAGAACGUUUUUUGUUGUUGUCUUUGCUGGACCCACUUGUUCACUACAUCUGCGUUUACCACAUACGGUGGACAAAGCGGUUUGUUUACUGUUUCAGCUAAAACGACUGCAUGCUAUUCCCCACUAGAGGCGCUGAAGACUCGUAGCGCUUGGUGACUUUGUUCCGGAGUCUGUGGAUUUGUUUGAUUUCUAUGUUAAAUGCUGGACAUUGACGUCUUUUUCAAAAAACGCCUACAGCAUGGCACCGCAGCCCUUCCUGCAUGGCCUGCAGGUAACCGUGCUGUCAGUGUUGUUGCUAUGCUGGGCAGGUGUGUGUGGCGGGAGCCCAGACCCUCGCCACAGAGACUCACUGAUACAGCAGGAGGCCUCCCAGCAAACAGGGGGCACUGUUCUGCUGACAGAGGCUGAGCGGAGGCUGAGCACUCACCUACACAAGUUGAAACGGCAGGAAGUGGAGGGGCCACAAUUCCCUCCAGCAAUGCACUUCUUCAAAGCACGACCCUUCAUCCAGCGUAGUCCAGUGUUUAAGCUGCUGCAGAAAAUGCCCAAAGGGGCAGCUCUGCACCUCCAUGACUUUUCUGUGGUGGGCGUGGACUGGCUGGUGAAGAACGUGACCUACAGGCGUCACUGCUACAUCUGCUUCACCCCCACCCAAUCAGUGCGCUUCGUCUUCUCUGCCACGCAGCCCCGCCCCCUUCCAUGCUGUUCUUCCUGGGUCCUGUUGGAGACUCUGAGAGCCAAGGUGGAUAACACCAGUGACCUGGACCACAGCCUGAUGCAGAACCUCACGCUGUUCACUGAUGACCCUGCGGCGGCCUACCCAAGCCAGGAUGUGGUGUGGAGCAGGUUUGAGGAGACUUUUCUUGCAGCCCUCGGGCUGGUCACCCAUGCACCUGUGUUCAAGGACUAUUUCUAUGAGGCCCUGCGGCAGUUCUACAUGGAUAACGUCAUGUAUUUGGAGCUGAGGGCUUUGCUGGUAAAGACGUACGAACUCGAUGGACGUUUGCACGACCGGGCCUGGAGCCUGGAGGCCUAUCGGGAUGUAGCCAGGCAGUUUGUGACGGAACAUCCUGACUUCCUGGGAGCACGCAUCAUAUUCACUGUUCACAGGGGUUUGAACUUGUCUGAGGCAGAAGCCGUAGUGGAAGAGGCCAUGCAACUGCAGAAGAAGUUUCCAGAGGUGAUGGCAGGAUUUGAUAUGGUGGGGCGUGAGGACAGAGGGAGGCCCCUCUGGUACUUCAGGGAGGCCUUGUCUCUGCCAGCAGAGCGUGGAGUCACCCUGCCAUACUUCUUCCAUGCAGGAGAAACAGACUGGGAGGGGAGAGAUGUGGAUGAGAACCUUCUGGAUGCCCUGCUUUUCAACACCUCUCGCAUCGGGCAUGGGUUUGCCCUGACACGCCACCCACUAGCCAAGGAACUCUCCAGGAAGAGGGGUGUGGCUGUGGAAGUGUGCCCCAUUUCCAAUCAGGUCUUGAAGCUGGUCUCAGACCUGAGGACUCACCCUGCUGCAUCGCUCAUGUCUGAAGGGCAUCCAAUGGUGGUGAGCUCAGACGACCCGGCCACCUUCGGAGCGACUGGGCUCUCGUACGACUUCUACGAGGCGUUUGUGGGCCUGGGUGGGCUGAGUGCCCAUCUGGGCACGCUCAAGGAGCUGGCUAUGAACUCUAUAAGAUACAGCUCUCUCUCCCCUCAACUGAAGGACAAAGCCCUGGCCCUGUGGCAGAGGAAGUGGGACCAGUUCAUUUCUGAGAACUCACAAUAGAGCCCAGAGCACAAGAGGGACUGACUGGCAACCAGAUGGCAAUGUCACGUCAGGCCACGUGGCUCAUGUCCCAGAUAAAUCCGCAGAGAUGUGUCCAGGACAGAGAGGUUCUCUUCCACUAAGAUUGAGCCCUGGUCCCAGUGUUGCCAACCUAUUGACUUCAUGCUGUGCCUCCACUGAAAACAGUGAGUUUGGAAAGAUCUACAGAAAGCAAAUGCUGCCCUCUGCUGGAAUGUGCUAAGAUCACUUGGUGUCAGGGAGCGGACUGAGACCAUAGUGCUGUAAGCUCUCACAAAAUGGAGGAAUCCCUGAUAUGUCUGGAGGGAAAGGUCCUUGAUAUUUCUGCAUAUAAUCGAAGAUCGGACAGAUUUAGACAAGUGGAAAGUGGGCAUAAUAUUUGUUGCUUUAGUUGUUUAUUGUAGCUAUGAACAGUGGACUUUAUUGGUAACCAAUUGAUAACAUCGGUAACAUUGUCUGACUGACCUGACAAUCGUAGACAAUAUACAUUUUCAGCAUUUUAAUCCCAAAUGUGGGGUCCCCAGUCACAUUUCAUCUUGAAUACUUAAUCACAUUUCAGGCCCCAGGAUGGUAUAGAUUAGCAUGCAUGUUAUUGGACACGUAUGCAGCCAGACUGCUUCUGCAUUCCCCAGCUGAACUGUGCAGCUUGGUGGAAGGCAACUAGUAUAAAUUGAACUAGUGGUUUAAACAGAAACACCACACAGAGUCCUUAAAUACUUGAUUCUAAUAUUGGCUGCUGCAGCUGCUGGCUUGGUCUUCAUCUCAUGUGAUUGAGGAAAUGGAGACUCAUCUCCGUGUUUGGUGAAUGUUUUUAUAUGGAUAAAGAUUUUCACACUGUGAAAUUACGAGUACUGGAGUUUUGCUGGAGUUGCCAGUUUGGUGUUUUAUUCGAUUUAAAUUUCACAGGGCCAUUUUUGUGUGUUUGUGUUCUGGGUGUCUGUUUUUACAUGUGGUAUUAAAAUGAAUGGUAAUCUA